AUGCCCGACCAAAUCCUCGACGACAUUUCGCAUCGCAGAUACAACCCACUGCGGGGUAGUUGGCUGCUCGUCUCCCCCCACCGAACGAAGAGACCAUGGCAAGGUCAGAAGGAGGAACCGUCGAAAGUCACUCUUCCAGACUACGAUCCAGCUUGCUACCUCUGCCCGGGAAAUAAGCGGGCGCAAGGAGACGUCAAUCCCCAAUACGAGAAGCCCUUCUAUUUCGUAAACGACUACAGCGCAGUCAAGGAAUCGCAGGCGGAAUACAAAGCGGAAGGAGAUCCCAAAGACCUUUCGAACUUGCUCCUCCGCGCCGAUCCCGUAACCGGAAAAUGCUACGUCCUCACGUUCUCACCUACCCACAACAAGACGCUCGCAGAUCUCACUCCUGCUGAAAUCCUGCCCGUCGUUCAAACAUGGACCCAAAUCUAUGCUGCACAUCUCUCGCCUUCCUCACCCCUCGCGAAGAUCCCGCAGCCAGCUCCAACAAGUAACAUCUCGCCCCCAGAUGCUCAGUACAGAUGGAUGCAAAUUUUCGAGAACAAGGGCGCCGCAAUGGGCUGCUCUAACCCACAUCCUCACGGACAAAUCUGGACAACGACAGGUACACCCGAAGAACCAGCGCAGGAACUCGAACAGCAGCAAAAGUACGCGCGUGAGAACAAUGGUCGAAGUUUGCUUGAAGACUACGUCAAGGUGGAAUUGGAGAAGAAAGAGCGCAUUGUGUUCCAAAAUGCGACUUUCUUGGUAAUAUGUCCGUGGUGGGCAGUCUGGCCUUUUGAGGUCAUGAUUAUCAGCAAGGAGCAUAAGAGGUCGCUUGUGGAUUUGAGUGAGAGCGAGCAAUUGGACUUCGCCGAGGCUGUGGCUGAGGUUACGAGGCGGUAUGAUAACUUGUUUGAGACAAGUUUCCCAUAUAGUGAGUCCUCCAUUUUUUUUCACUCCCCAUCACAAAUCUUCACGAUGGUAAAAGGAAAAAGUGCUGAUAUUGAAACUCAAGGCUCUGGCAUUCAUCAAGCCCCCCUCUCAGGAACAGACGAGGAGAUCAACAGCUCGCAUCUCCACAUGCACUUCUACCCUCCUCUUCUCCGUAGCGCUACUGUCAGGAAGUUCUUGGUUGGAUAUGAGUUGAUGGCUGAGCCGCAGCGAGAUAUCACUCCUGAGCAAGCCGCGAAGAGAUUGAGAGACGAUUGUGGAGGUGAGUUGUACAGGAAGAACUUGAAUUAA